UCUCGAAUCAAUUCACAAUUUAUUUUGUAUAUUAAUUAGAUUCCGCGCUCAUCAGUACGUACUCACUGGCGACAUCGAGAAAAUGUAUCGGCAAUUCCUCGUACGACCAGAGGAUCGGAAAUAUCAAAGGAUAUUAUGGCGCAGCGCGAGAGGAGAAACAGAAACAUAUGAGCUUAACACCGUAAUACUCUUAUCAUAGAAAUAGAAGCAGUCCUCAAUUCCCGCCCGCUAACUCCUAUCUCCACCGAUCCAAAUGAUCUCCUAGCCCUCACUCCCGGACAUUUCCUCAUUGGCGAUUCAUUAAUGUGCUUACGUGAUCGAGAUUUCAGAGACAUUCCAUCGAACCGACUCUCCAAAUGGCAGCAUAUCCAACAGCUUAAACAACAUUUUUGGAACCGCUGGCAUAAGGAGUAUUUGAACGAGCUAACCAACCGCAAUAAAUGGAGCAAGGGUGGACACAGCAUCCAAAAGGGCACAAUCGUCAUCCUCAGAGAGGACAACGUUCCCUCCAUGCAUUGGCCUCUGGGCCGAGUUAUCAAGGUUCAUCCAGGCGCCGAUGGUGUCAUCCGGACAGCUACAGUUCAGACGGCAAAGAGCAUUUUGGAUCGGGGCGUCAAAAGGCUUGUCCCACUGCCAAUUCAACCCGAUCUCGAGAAACCCGAACAACUAGCCACCGAGACGAAAUAAGAUGGGAACUUCAACCACACCUCCCUAGUUUGAUCGGUACCCUCUCAACGGGGGGAGAAUGUUACGCCAUGCGGCUUACCAUAGGUCAUAUUCUUAACUAUCGAUCGCGGCACUAUAAUGUCGCAGACGGAUCGUCGCGUCUGCCCGGCAAACAAACAUUGUAGUGGCAAGCGCAUGGUUCAUUAAGCAGGGCGACUUCCAGAAACGUCGACUCGUGGCCCGUAUUUUACCUCGCAGUAAAAGAAUGUGGCGUGAUCCGAACGUAGUGGGGGUCACCUUCCAGAAAAAACGAAAAAAAUCGAAAGGCGUUCAGAACUUUUCCAGAAGUCGAACCGUCAACACAUGUGGCGCUUGGCCAUGGAUCGUUGCAUUAGGUUUUCGUAAUCCCCGAAACCCAGACAAACCACUAUGGAAGUGCGGAGGUUCCCUGAUAUCGGCUAGGCAUGUUUUGACCGCAGCACAUUGUGCACAUAUGGAUGGAAUAGAAAACAUACACAAUCAUAAUAUUGCCAUUCUUAGAUUGGUGGAGGAGGUGCCAUUUUCGAGGUACGUAUAUCCCAUUUGUACGAAAGAGCUCCUGCGAAAGAGCAACUUCGUCGGCUAUAACCCCCUUGUUGCUGGAUGGGGAGCAUUAAGAUAUAGACGACCACGACGUAAUGCAUUAAUGGAAGUACAAAUGCCAGUGAUUAAGAACGCCGAAUGCAAAAUAGCUUAUUCCAAAUUUCCUAAUGCACCUGAUGUCACUGAUGGUAUAAUAUGCGCCGAACGUGCUCAGGGUGGAAAGGAUUCUUGUACGGCUGACCGCGGCGGACCACUGCUGAUACAACAUGAAUUAACCUCGUAUUUAAUAGAUUAUAGAUUCCUAUACGACUCUCAGUAAAAAUUUAUCCGCACUCCAGAUAGUUAAAACUUCUGUCGACCGUAUUGAUCCAUCUGCACUCUUCGUAUGACGUCAAUAUCUGUUCAGUGCUGCUGCGCAGGUUUCUUUGUGUUACGUCAAUUCGUUUGUGACCGUUGCGCGAGUAAUGGCGCUUUGCAAUGGUGAUUUGCAGGAAAACAGUGCAGGAUGCUGUGAUUCGUUUCUUGUGGUCGGAGGUUAUGUUUGAUGCCUAUAUUUAUCAAAGAUUUAAUGCACAUUAUGGAGAAAGUGUUUUGUCACGAAGUGUGUUUGAAUGGGCACAAAGGUUCAAAGAAGAUCGCACAAGUGUUAUGAAAAAACAGGUGGACGCUCGUCCACAUCCACGAUGACAACAUUGAACGUGUUCAUGAACUUAUGCUCUAUGGAAUAGACGAGUGACACUGGAUAAUGUGGCAAAUCAUUUGCAAAUCAGCCACGGCUCUGCUUAUGCAAUAGUGCACGACAGAUUUGGGUUUUAAAAAGUUUGUGCGAGAUGGAUGCCGAAAAAGCUGAUGAAAAGGUGAAGACGACGAUGCAUUCGUGGUUCGCAGCUCAGCCCAAAACAUUUUUUAAUGAGAAAAUACGAAGGUCCUUCGGCAAAUGGACAAAGUGUAUACAGAAAUCGAGUGAUUAUGUCAAAAAAUGAUGUAUGUCUUUUUUGACAAUUGCUUAAAACAAAUUCUACACCGACAGAGCGGGCUGUUAAUCUAGAGGCUGGAGUACAAAGAAGUGGCACAAUGAUGUGGGCUGAUGACAUUUAUAAUUAUCAAGGAAUCACCCCUACAUUCGCUCAGAAUUUUAAUGAAACUGUCCCUUGGGAAGGAAGAACUGAUACCUUGAUAUCACGGUUUGUACAUCCUAUAUAUACGACAAAUUUUAGAAUAUUAUAUAACGAAGAACCAGAUCGUCGUGGCCAUGUGAUGUGAAUAAAAGGACUUGAAUUUGAUGAUAUUUUUAUAAUGUUAGAUAACAUAACUAAGUAUCUUCACAGUAAGAUAGGAUGACAUGGUUUACAUGAUCUUAAUGUUGUUCACUUGAGUGAUGAUAUUAUAAGGAAAAGUGUAAUAUCACAGGAUAUUUAUGUUUAGUAACCAGUAAUUCAGAGAUUGGUAUUCAUGGUUACUAUAACGAGGCUGUAGAAACGCACCCUUUCUUCUUUGCAAAUGGUCCUGUAUUUAUGUCUAAGCCGAAACUGGAACCUCUGAAUAAUUUAGAUUUAUUCUUGUUAUUUUCUAAAAUACUUAUCUACAGUAUACCAUAAGGAAUGAUACCGUAUCGCACCUAAUCAAGUGCCUUAAGAAACAUCAACAGGAUAUCACAGUAAUCCCGUAUCGACUGAUAUUUGUAGCCACUACAAUAUCUAUGACACUGGUAGUAAUUAUGAGAACAAUAAUGAUGUGUUCUAUAAGAGGAAAUGAUGAUUAGGAACAAAAACUUACAGGUAAGUCAAAGUAUAUGUUAUUUGCCAUUUGAAAAGAAAGUUACUAACUUGGAAUUUUUUGAUAAAUAAUAAUUGUAUCAUACGUACUUUUGAAUUCGUGCAAGAACAUAUGUAAUUUUGAAGUAGUUAUUAUUAGGAAAUUGUUAGACGCGAACAGUAUGCGAAAAGUUAGUAUGCAGUGUAAUAAUUAUCAAUCAAAACACAAGAAUUAAAUUCUUGAGGAAAAAAUUUCCGGAAUUUCUUAUUUACAUGAUUAUAAAGAAAUCCAUAAUGAAAAUUUGAAAGUACAGUACCAUUGGGAAGAAAAUCACGAUAUUGAAAACGAUAUUUGCAAGUAAAUUUCCAAAAAAUCUGUUUUCAAAUUUUCGCUUUCUAUUUCACAUUAAAAGAAAGGGAGGGCUGCCUUCUUUUUCUGCAAGACAAAACAAACAUUCUGAAUCUCGUAUCAAUGAAUGAUGUCAAUAAGUUAUUUUUCUUUUCAGAUUGAACAAUAUUCCAGAUUUAUUCAUAAUUUCAUACUACGCGAAGAAUAGACUUUUCAUAGGUAUAUAAAGGAAAUAUUAAGUAUAGGAAAACUCUUUUUCGUUGUAGGUGACAUAUGCUUCACGGUUGAACACAUGUAUUUUUGAACACAUAUAAAUGAAAAAGUACUCUUAUGGAGAAAAAGAAUUGAUACCUUCGAUUGACAUUAGAUAAUGUAUAUAAACUUAUGAACAAUCACUAUCAGUUUGUAUCUUAGGUGCACACGCAGAUUUGUUGGAGUUCUUAUAAAAUGUACUUCCUGUACGAACGUUUUAUUCUUCCAAAUUUUACGAUACUAUGUCUCAUAUAAUAACUAUAUGGAUUAAACGUAAUAUAAAUGAUCCGAAAAUAGACUCGAACGACAUUAAUUGUCUUUCUAUUUAUACCAAUAUCGAAAAUACAAGUAAAGCUGGAGUAAUAGUAUGCAAGAAUGGACUAUUUAUUAUUUUAAACCAAAUCAUAGCAUAUUCAGAAUGCACAGUAUUAUCAUGAAAUGUAAAUGAAUCAGUUGUAAACGAACGAUUUUACUGUAAAAUCGUUGCCUCCUUUUUUUCAUCUGAAAUAUAGCAGCAAUGAGUACAUUCUUUUAAUAUAUAAUAAAACGAGAUAUCUUUAUAAAGUUACAUAUGUCAUCACUGGUAACUGUUAUCUCGUAUGACACCAAAUAUACCGUUAGUAUGGAAUGAUAUUUUUAUGAAGAUAUACUUUAAUGAUAGAUUUUAUGAAUGAAACGUUAUAUAAGAAAAAUUAUCUCUUGUUAUUCUAUGAAGUGUAGUAGCUAAUGAAGAUUAAUUUUACGAAGUAUUAGAGCAAAAGAGAAUUAAAAAAUUAAAAAGAUCUAAAUAAGA